UCGCGCGCGCCGCCGCGACGACGCCGGGACGAUCGUCAUCGACCUCGACGACGACGGGGCGGCCCCUGCGGCCGCUGCUGCCGCGAGCAGGCGCUCUUCUUCCUCCUCCUCCUCGGCGGCGGCGAUGCCUGUGCCGCUGGUGGGGGCGGUGGCGACGCGGACCCGAUCGAGGAGGCUGGCGAUGCAGCCGCCGGCGCCGGAGGAGGCGCCGACGGCCAAGCGGAGGAGGAAGGGGGCGACGAGCGCGGAUGCCGACGGCGGCGGUGGGAGCAAGGGCGCCGGCUCCUCCAAGUCGGAAACGAGACCGAAUCGUCGAGGGCGCCCCCCGCGGGCCUCAGUGAGGAGCAAGGAGGCAGAGGCGGAGGCGGAUGCGCCCGCCUGUGGAGACUGGGUGGAGGUGUCCCGGGGCGAUGGCUGUGACGAAAGCGCGCGGCGAGGUGAUGAUGCUUCUGACGAUGAUAAUGGCGAAUCUCGCGCCGACGAGGCAUGCGGCAUUGGCCAGGGGAGCGAUGAGCAUCACAGUGCCGCUAGUGGGAAUCGAAUCAAUCAGCAUCAGGGGAGUGGGGCGGUCAAUGGUUCGAAUUCGUGUCAUGCGAUGAAUGAGGUGGUAUCAGGCGAUGCAGGGGGGCUUAAAGGUCGUGGGAACGAGGGAGGCGGGCUCGGUGUUGGUUUUCAUGUGGAUGAGGAGCACAUGAAUGAAAAGGAUACAGUAGGCUGUGGAAACAGGGAGCUGCUGACUGCGGAUGCGAUGAUGGGUGACGAGGCCGCAGCGUCUGAAGAUGACUUUGGAGAUUACUAUGACGACGAAAUGUUGGAGGAAAGACUGGUGGCAGAUCUGAUCCGUACUUACAGUAAUGGUGGUAAUUUGGAGGCAAGUAAUGGUGCUUACGGCGAUGGUGGCGAUCUGGAGGAAUCCGAGGAUGAGAUGGGAUUCACUGAUGAUGGUGAUGAUGACGAUUCUAUGCACGAUGCAGAUGAAUGUGGCAUGUCUGAACCAAUCAACGGCGAUGCUAAGGCGCCAACCAACGAUGAUGCUAAGGCGGGAACGCAGGAUCCGGUGGAUCACAAGGUUGUUGCUGGUGAGGUUAGGUGCCAUGAGGAGGAUGAGGAGGAAGAAGAUGUUAUCAAGGAUGAGGUGGAGACUAAGCGAGAAGGACCUACGGGCUUUAAUCAAGGGAGAUCGCAUAUAGAAAUUCUUGAUUCUGACGAGGAAGUAAAAGUGCUCAAUGAUGCCAGUAAGGCCUCGAAGAAGAAACCGUUGCUGCGAAAAAAGGAACUUGUCGUGCCAUGUGUUGCAUGGAGGACUCGGUCAUUAUGGGGGCUUAAGCAAGAUAGGUUGUCGUACAAUGCGUAUUUUGAGGAGUUGUCUGAUGAGCCAGAAGAGGAGGAUGAUUCAGAAGUGGAACUGGAUGGCGAGGAUGAUGACAGUGCCGAUGAUGACAAUAGUGCCAGUCAUGAUUCAGAAGUGGAACUGGAAGAAGAGGAUGCAAACAAGAAAGCGAAAGAGGAAGAAGAGGCCGAAAUGAGAAAACGCAAGAAAGAAAUUGCCUCAUCUUUGGCUAAAAUAAGGGCCGGGCCUUUGCCUCUUUAUACAAAUACAGGGAAGAGAAUACGAAAAGCAACCCCAAACAGCUGCAACAACUCAAAGCGACGGAGGAGGAUACAAACCCACCACAGAAUUGACUCAUCUGAUGAUGAGAUAAUUGAUCAUACUGUAGCAGAUGGUUUCAAGUGGGAGGUUCACAAAAAACCAGGGAUUCAACCACUGAACUUUGAUAAAGAUGGCAGUGAGGGUCCAGUGGGCAAUGACAUUACACAGCAUCAGAAGCAGACACAUUUUACUUGGGAUCUUGAGAGGAGGAAAAGGCUGAAGCUUGAAACGACGACUAAGGAACGUCAAUUGUUUGAGCGGCAUUUGGACUCGGAUUCUAGCCCAUCCAGUUCGGAUCAGAAUAAAAGGCAUGGCGAUGGUAGCAAAACUGGGAAGGAAAAGAAGCAUUUGUCAUCAAAAUCUGGAAAAUCUGCCAAGAAGUUCAGCCGUUCAGGUUCAAAAAUGCUAAAGCGACAGUCACUUCUGAAGCUUCUGAUGGAUAAGAUGAGUGGCGAUAAAGAUGGAGGAUUCUCUCCUUUUGACCAGCAUCUUCAGUUCGACUAUAAUUUCAAGGAUCCUCAUCCAUUUGUAUUCUCAUUUGGCACUGAAAAUUCCACACCAGCUGACAUACCAGAGCAAAAUGCUAAAGAAAAUAUGCUGUGGGGUGACUUUGACUUUGCUUUAGAGUCAGAGAAUAUUGGAACCUACUAUGAUGACGAGCACCAAGGAGAGAGCAAUGUGCUAGAUCUUGGACUACCUUCUAAAACACCUUGUUCUCGAGGGAAGCAUGAAUUUCUUAUUGACGACCAAAUAGGAAUCAGAUGUAAAUACUGCUCCUUGGUAAAUCUGGAAAUCAGAUUUGUUUUACCGUCAAUGGUCUCAAAUUACGCAGAAAAAACUCCUUGGCGAAAUGGAUCUUGUUUGAAGGAAGCGUUGAUGUAUCAUGAUCUUUGUGAACAAGCUGGAAGUGUUGACGGGCAAUCUCAAGAUUUCCAUCUAUAUGGAACAGUAUGGGAUCUCAUCCCUGGUGUCAUUACUAGUAUGUAUCAUCAUCAACGCGAAGCAUUUGAAUUUAUGUGGACAAAUCUAGUUGGUGAUAUUAGGCUUGAUGAGCUGAAGCAUGGAGCUAAACCUGAUGUUGUUGGAGGAUGUGUGAUCUGUCAUGCCCCAGGGACAGGAAAGACACGUUUAGCUAUUGUUUUUAUCCAGACAUAUAUGAAGGUAUUUCCAGACUGUCGGCCAGUGAUUAUUGCACCUCGCGGGAUGCUCUUUGCUUGGGAAGAGGAGUUCAAAAAAUGGGACGUCAAUGUUCCUUUCCAUAUAAUGAACACUACAGAUUUUUCAGGGAAAGAAGACAGAGACAUAUGUAGGCUAAUAAAGAAAGAGCAUCGGACAGAGAAGUUGACGAGGCUUGUAAAACUGCUUUCAUGGAACAAGGGUCAUGGUAUUCUUGGAAUAAGUUAUGGUCUGUAUAUGAAACUAACAUCGGAAAAAAAAUCUGGAUGCACUGAAGGGAACAAAGUAAGAACUAUUCUUCUCGAGAACCCUGGUUUGCUUGUGCUAGAUGAAGGACACACACCUAGGAACGAGCGCAGUAUUAUGUGGAAGACAUUGGGAAAAGUUAAAACUGAGAAGCGCAUAAUUCUGUCAGGAACUCCUUUCCAAAACAAUUUUCUUGAGCUUUAUAAUAUACUCUGUUUGGUAAGGCCUAGGUUUGGUGAAAUGUUUUUGACUGAAAAAAAAGUGGGCAGAAGGCACUAUGUCUCAAAGAAGCGACAGGAUAAGUUUUCUGACAAAUACGAAAAAGGAGUUUGGGCUUCAUUAACUAGUAAUGUAACUGAUGAUAAUGCAGAGAAAGUUCGAUCAAUACUGAAGCCAUUUGUUCAUAUCCAUAAUGGCACCAUUCUUCGAACUCUUCCAGGGCUCAGAGAGAGUGUGAUUGUUCUGAAACCUCCUCCUCUUCAGAAGAGUAUCAUUAGAAAGGUGGAGAAUAUUGGGUCUGGUAAUAAUUUUGAACAUGAAUAUGUUAUUUCCUUGGCUUCGACACAUCCUUCUCUUGUAACUGCCAUCAACAUGUCCGAAGAGGAAGCUUCACUUAUUGAUAAACCUAUGCUUGAGAGAUUAAGGUCAAAUCCUUAUGAAGGGGUUAAAACAAGAUUUGUAAUUGAAGUCGUUCGUUUGUGUGAAGCACUGAAAGAAAAGGUAUUGAUCUUUAGUCAGUUUAUUCAGCCAUUAGAAUUGAUAAAAGAACACCUUAGCAAGCUUUUCAAAUGGAGAGUAGGGAAAGAGAUUCUCCAAAUGGAUGGGAAGAUCCAACCACGAUAUCGUCAGACGUCAAUUGAAGUUUUCAAUAAUCCAGAUAGUGAUGCGAAGGUGUUACUUGCAUCUACAAGAGCUUGCUGUGAAGGGAUUAGCCUAACCGGAGCUUCAAGAGUUGUUCUUCUAGAUGUGGUUUGGAAUCCCGCCGUGGGAAGGCAAGCUAUCAGUAGGGCAUUUAGGAUAGGACAGAAGAAAUUUGUAUAUACAUACAAUUUAAUAACUUAUGGAACAGGUGAAGGUGACAAGUAUGAUAGGCAAGCAGAAAAGGACCAUUUGUCUAAGUUGGUCUUCUCUCAAGAGGAUGAGUUCAAUAAUGUCAGGAACAUGCUAUCAAAAGCUGAAAUGGAUCACUGUUCUAAGUUGAUAUCUCAGGAUAAGGUUCUGGAGGAGAUGACCUCCCAUGACCAGCUAAAAGGCAUGUUCUUAAAGAUACACUAUCCACCAACUGAGUCAAACAUGGUUUUCACUUACAAUCAGAUUGCCCCUGAGUUGAGUUAAUGGUAACAUUGGCAUCAGUUUGAUUAAUACUAACAAGUACUUAUGUCUGCUCAUCGAGUCAUUUAUACUGAUGCCAGCAAAAUGAAAUAAAGGAGCCUACCACAUGUUUUCAUGGGAGAUAUCUGCAGCAGUCACAUGUAUACAUGACGUCCUUUAGUGGCUGGCCUUCGCUUGCUAACUCAAGUAUGGUGGCAGCUGCCAAUAUUCGCAGAUGAUGCGUUUUUCAGCAGUGCUUUCUGUGGUAGAGUGGGAGGGAUCAGCACAAUCUAGAGAUGAAUCGGUUUGAUCUGUAUCUGUUGCUUAUUCUUGGCUGCUUGCUCAAAGUGAAUCUCGAGACGUUUGGGAGCUACUGGAUGUAACUGUAAAAACAUGCAAUGGGUUUUGCGCUAGAAAGGCCGCUGGUAGUGCUGUAGAGUCAUGCUCAAACGUCUCUAGGUUAGUAAUUUUCGCCAGCGAGUUGGAAAACAAUGUCUGAUCAUCAUUCAGUCAUAUGAUGCUCAGUACCGCGGUUUAAUUGAAUAAUCUAUUGGCAAGUAUUCCCGAGGGCAGAUGGAUAUGGCCUUUCCAUGAUUUGUUCA